AUGGGAAUAUGGGAUAUAAUCAAUUCAAGCACAGAAGCAGUGAAGCGAAAUGCACCGGAUUUAGCUCCGGUGAAGAACGCAUGCACCACAAUCGAUAAUACCGUCAGAGUAAACGGCCUUCAGAGGCUCGAACAGUGGCUUCCGGACGAUGAGGCCAAAUCCAAGAUCGGUAUCUUUGCUACAAAAUUCGCUAAAAAUGCUGGCUUCUUUGCCCUCCACGAGAGUUAUAAAUUGGUUCCCGGUGGAGUUGCAGUUUCCAACAUUGUUUCUAAGACCAUUGAAGAAGUAAAACGUGAGACCUUACACGAGACACCCAAGCAAUUGGAAGGUAGGGACAGUGCACCAGGGAAACGAUUCACUGGUGCGACAAAAUUAAUGGACAGAGAAGAGAUGCGACCAGGCUCUCUUGAUCUUGUUGAUUCAAUUGACAAUCAAAAACCAGAAGACGUGAUAAGAAUCUUUAUGAUGAAACAAUUUGUUGGUUCUCGGUUUUUGGAUGAUUUGAUGGUGCCUAAACUGAGAAAAGGGAAGCAGCAGCCUGAGUAA